AUGGAUGUAGCUUUCGUCUCAAUCCAGACCGUUGUUACUAAAUUAUCAUUUUUACUCUGUAUAUUAUAUUGCUUUUACGAAUAUGAAUGCUUUUCGAUAAAGAAAACCACCUAUUUAUGCCCACAGGCUCUAUCUCGCAGCAGGGAUUCCAUCCCUUUUGCGCUUCCCACGAUUAAAGAUGCAGACCUUGUAAAGUUGUUGGCACCUCCUCCAAAUCUUACGGGGGAAUUACACAUUGGACACGGUAUGAAUUUGGUUGGAGGAGACAUUUUUCUCAAAUACUGUGAGAUGAGUGGUACAAAUGUAGAUGUAGCAUUUGGGAAUGAUCAUGCAGGCCACGGAUUCCAGAAGUGGUUCACCAAAAAAUAUGGUACCUUUGGUUCCGAAUCUCAACGACUAAAAAUGGCAUUUAGAGAAUGUGGACUACUUAGAAACAAACAUUUGGCCAAUCUGUACAACUUGGAUAUUAACUGGAAUUAUUCCAAUUGGACGCUUGAUAGAAGAAGUAAGAAGAUAACAAAGGAUGUAUUUAUGGAGUUCUAUAAUAGUGGUUUAUUGGAGGAAUCAUAUUGGCCAACAUUUGCAAGAUAUCGCAACAAUUCUGUAGAAAUUAUAUCCGCAGCAGAAGUUGAUAUAAAUACCAAAGAGAGGGUUGUUUAUGAGAUAAUAUUCCCUGUUAAAGAUACGGAUGAAAAAAUAAUUGCGACAACUACACAUCCAGAAUUUUAUCACGGAACAGCAGCUUUGGGAGUGUCUUCCGAACUAUUUAAGAGUUUAACAGGAAAACAAGCCAUAAUGCCUAACAAUGGUAGAGUGAUCCCGAUAUUAUCCUUGAAUGAUCGUGAACUGGGAAAGGCAAAGUUAAUAAUACCUGCCCACUUUGAAUCAGACUUUUUUAUUGCCAAGGAACAUAAUCUUGACAUAAUAAACAUUGUGAGGAUGGACGGAAAACUUCAAAAUGUUCCAUCACGUUUGGUAAGUCUAACCUUGAACGAUGCAAAAGAUGAUUUUCUGUCAUUUUCCAGAGUUGCUGGAAAAGUUUGUGAACAAUCACCAUUUGAUAUAUUGGACGAAAAUGCUAGGGUAAUAAUAAUUCCAACUGCUCAUUGGUUGUUGAAUGUAGAUACUAUGUCUAAAGUUGCAAUAGAUUUGUUGGAAACAGAGAGAGUAAAAGUAUACCCAGAAUGUCGUAAGUCCAUACUAAAAAAGCGUUUAGAAAGUAAAAGACAAUGGUGCGUUAGCAGAAAUGGUUGGUGGGGAAUUACGUUACCAAUAUGGUACUUAACCAAUGGCGUAAUGUCUAAGAUGUUGUUUGCUAACAGCCUUGGGGAAGCAGAAAAUCUGGCAGAGAGAUAUUUAAAAAUGCCAUUUUCUGAAGCUUUGGAUAUUGGAUAUACUAUAAAGGCUGACACACGUGUAUUUGAUACAUGGUUCACUUCAGCAUUAUGGCCAAUCAUUACGCAAUUUUCUGACAAAUCAUCUGAGCAGAAUGCUAGCACCAAGAGACUUGUUUAUACAUGUUAUGAUAUUUUAGAGAGUUGGAUAACAAAAAUGCUCAUUUUAUGUCCAAAAUUUUUGGAUAACAAUCCGCCGUUUGAUGAUAUAUUUUUACAUGGGAUGGUCACUGACGGUCACGGUAAAAAGAUGAGCAAAUCCUUAGGAAACACGGUGACACUUGGUUCGCUCAUUAAUAACAAUAGAAAAAAAACCAAGAACAUAUACAGCGAUGGAGCUAAGUCUGCGUGUAGGAUGAAACUGGCUUCUUUGACAUCUCAAUCUGACUUUGCUCAUAGUUUUACACACGCUUGUAAUGAAAUAGAAUAUUUGCUUACUAAAGUUUUACAAAUCACAAAAUUCAUACAAAAAGUUAGUGAAGAGGCUCUUAUUAGUAACAUUUCUGAAAUUCAAUUUCAGUUAGAGUCGGAUUUUCUAAGGUACUAUCUAAGUCCUAGUUUCUCACAUCUUGGAAUUAAUGUUGGCUCUUAUAUUGAAAAUUUUAGAUUUGAUAGAGCUAUAUUAUCGCUAGAAAAAUAUGUCAAGAUAUUUUCCAGUUAUUUAAUUCCAUAUUAUAGACUAAGAAAAAAGGAUAUAGGAUUUUUGGUUUAUAGUUAUUUGGAUAUGCUUAGAUUAAUGAUUCCAUUUGCAUCUAGCUUUAUUUACUCGAUGGAAUUGCCUUUAAAUCUAAAAUCUAUGAAAGAUAUGCAUAAUUGGCCAAAGUUUGAGAGUGAAGAACGCUCAAAUAAGCUAGAUGAGUUCAUGAAAAUAAUGCAGCUUAUACGUAAGAAGGUAGCCGAGGGGGACACUGAUAUAUCGCUAGAAGCUCCGGAAUCAAUAUUAAAUACUCUACUAUUGGAAAAGGAUUAUGUAGAAUAUCUACUACAAUUGACAUAUAAUAGUGUCCCAAAGUUAAAUUUUUACUAG